GCGGCGGGACUAAUCCAGCAUGCCUGGAGAACGUUCCUUCAACAAAGGGACAUCCAGCGAAAGGAGGUAUUUGAAAUGAUCUUUUCAUUUAUUGAAAAUUGAAGGGAAGGCUGAUCGGACAGCUAAAGGUUACAAAUUUAUUUGCCCAAUAUUUCGACUAGACAAAACUAGUCUUCAUCAGGGGCUACAACAGCUAAGUGAGAAUAGAACAAACGGUUACAGUAUUUAAAAUAAUACAAAAAUAAAAAUAGAAUGAGAUUGCUGGAGGAAUACAAUAGACGAAAGACAAAGUUGUCGCCUAUUGCAUUUUUAUAUUUGUAUUAUUUUAGAUACUGUAACCGUUUAUCAGUGUGAUACAGGGCACAUGGAGCAAAUUAUAUCGCAACUGAGAGAUUUUCAACGAAGAGAGGUAAUGAAUAAAAAUAAAAAUAAUGAUAAAAGAGAUAAAAGUGAUGUUUCAUACACAGUUCUCAUUUUUGACUGAAUGAUUGUUUUCUCUUUAAACAGCAAGCGGCAGGCAUCAUUCAACGCGUUUGGAAGACGUUCCUUCGCCGAAAAGAGAUCAAACGAAAUGAGGUAUUGAACGUGAUCUUUCAUUUAGUCAUUUUUUUUUAAUUUUUCAUUUAUUUUUCACUUUUUUGAAACAGAAAUAAAACAUGAGUAAUAGAUUCCUAAAGCUUACUUGCCUUCUUCCUCCCGCCGAGAUUGGUGUUUUGGAAAUAUUUCAUAGUUUUUAUUUCAUAAAUUUGUAUUGUUUUAGAACAGAAAAAUCUGUCGUGAUUAGUGUCUCCAUAAUAAGUUUCCUAACCGUCUUCCUCAAAAAUUUGUAUUCUCGUUGGCUGUCUUUUUACAAGAAGGUAAUAGAAAUAAUCUAGUAACAAAAAUAUGAAGAUAAAGAAAUGACUUUCCAAACAUACAUUUCCAAGAUACAUAAACACACAGUGCUGUUAGUGUGAUACAGCGCACGUGGCGCAAAUGUAGAUCGCAAAUGAGAGACAUUCAACGAAGAAAGGUAAUGAAUGAAAAUAAAAAUAAUAGCAAUGAUGUUUCAUGCACAGUCUCACUUUUGAAUAAAUAACUGUUAUCCUUUUAAACAGCAAGCGGCAGGCAUCAUUCAACGCGUUUGGAAGACGUUCCUUCGCCGAAAGAAGACCCAAGGAAAGCAGGUAUUGAAAGUGAUCUUUUCAUUUAUGUAUUCACUUUUGCAUUUUUUGCUCAUUCUUUUGGAAACAUAAAAUAUAAGUAAUGUGUUCCUAUAAAGUUUUCUAAAUCUUCUCCCUCCAACCGGAAUUUACGUUUUUAAUUAGAAAUAUUUCAUACAAAAAUUUGGUUUAGAAAUGGAAUCUGAUAAGUGCAGCCGUAAUAGUCUUAUUACUAGCCUUUUUGCUCUCAAAUUUGUACGUUUCGUCAGUUGCCUUCAUUUCACAUGAAGGAAAUGACAAACCAUCCACUAUAUGGCUAUAACAAAUAGCUUGAUGACCUAGGGAUACGUGACCACCGAUACAACUAGUGGUGUGAGAUAUGAAUAAUGAUGAUGAUCAUCAUCGUUAUUAUCAGUAUUGUUAUUAUCGUUAUCUUCAGUAGAAGUAGCAGUAGAAGUAAAAGUACCGGAAGAAAUGAUAAUUUUAUUUAUUCAUUCACUUUUUAGUCUGCAUUUUGCCUUUUAAUUUUGUUGUGGAAAUAGAAGCUGGGUAAUGCAUCGCUCAAGUUGAACCUUCUUCUCGCCUAAAUUUCUGUUUUCCUUUCCAUCAUUUCACAAAAAGCGGGCAAUGACUUUCCAUGUGUUAUCCACCGCACAUGGCGAAAAUUUAUAUCGCGACCUAGAAACAUUAGACGAAGAGAGGUAGUAUAAUUAUCACAAAGCUAAAAGUGACUUUUCGUAUACUGUUAUCAAUUUUGAUUGAGAUAUGUGUUCUCUUCAAACAGAAAGCGGUGGAACUAAUCCAGCAUGCCUGGAGAACGUUCCUUCAACGAAGAGACAUCCAGCGAAAGGAGGUAUUUGAAAUGAUCUUUUCACUUAUUGAAAAUUGAAGGGAAGGCUGAUCGGACAGCUAAAGGUUACAAAUUUAUUUGCCCAAUAUUUUGACUAGACAAAACUAGUCUUCAAGCUAAGUGAGCAUAAAAUAAACGGUUAAAGUAUUGAAAAUAAUACAAAAAUAAAAAUAAAAUGAGAUUGGUGGAGGAAGACAAUAGACGAAAGACAAAGUUGUCGUCUAUCGCAUUCCUCCACCAAUCACAUUUUAUUUAUAUAUUUUUAUUAUUUUAAACACUUAACCGUUUAUUAGUGUGAUACAGGGCACAUGGAGCAAAUUUAUAUCGCAACUAAGAGACUUUCAACGAAGAGAGAUAAUGAAUGAAAAUAAAAAUAAUGACAAAGAAGAUAAAAGUGAUGUUUCAUACACCGUUCUCAUUUUUGACUGAAUGAUUGUUUUCUCUUUAAACAGCAAGCGGCAGGCAUCAUUCAACGCGUUUGGAAGACGUUCCUUCGCCGAACGGAGAUGAAACGAAAGCAGGUAUUGAAAGUGAUCUUUUAAUUUAUUUAUUCACUUUUGCAUUUUUUCCUCAUUUUUUUGGGAAAUAUAAAUUAUAAGUAAUGCAUCCCUAGAGUUUACUAAAUCUUCUCCCUCUGACCGGCAUUUGUGUUUUAGGAAUAUUUCAUAUUAAAUUUUGUUUUAGAAAUGGAAUCUCAUAAGUGCAUCUGUAAUACGCUGAUUAGUAAUAGGCUUAUUACUAGCCUUUUUGCUCUCAAAUUUGUACGUUUUCGUCUGUUGCCUUCAUUUCACAAGAAGGAAAUGGCAAACCAUCCACUAUAUGGCUAAAGGAAAUAGCUUGAUGACCUAGGGAUACGUGACUACCGAUACAACUAGUGGUGUGAGAUAUGAAUAAUAAUCAUCAUCAUCAUCGUUAUUAUCAUUAUUGCUAUUAUCAUUAUCUUCAGCAGAAAAAAAGCAACAGUAGAAGUAGAAGUACCGAAAGAAAUGAUACUUUUAUUUAUUCAUUUAUUCGUUCACUUUUUAGUCUGCAUUUUGCUUUUUUAGUUCGUUUUGUAAAUAGAAGCGGAGUAAUGGAUCGCUCAAGUUUAACCUUCUUCUCUCCCAAAUUUCAGUUUUGCCUUCCAUCAUUAAUUUCACAAAAAGCGGGCAAUGACUUUCCAUGUGUUAUCGAGCGCACAUGGCAAAAAUUUAUAUCGCGAUUAAGAAACAUUAGACAAAGGGAGGUAAUAUAAUUAUCAUAAUUUUUAAAAUGAAGCUAAAAGUGACUUUUCGUAUACUGUUAUCAAUUUUGAUUGAAAUAUGUGUUCUCUUUAAACAGCAAGCGGCGGGACUAAUCCAGCAUGCCUGGAGAACGCUCCUUCAACGAAGUGACAUCCAGCGAAAGGAGGUAUUUGAAAUGAUCUUUUCAUUUAUUGAAAAUUGAAUGGAAGGCUGAUCGGACAGCUAAAGGUUACAAAUUUAUUUGCCCAAUAUUUCGACUAGACAAAACUAGUCUUCAUUAGGCUAAGUGAGAAUAGAAUAUACGGUUACAGUAUUUAAAACUACACAAAAAUAAAAACAAAAUGAGGUUGGUGGAGGAAUACAAUAGACGAAAUACAAAGUUAUCGUCUUUUGUAUUCCUCCACCAAUCACAUUUAAUUUUUAUAUUUGUAUUAUUUUAAAUACUGUAACCGUUUCAACGAAGAGGGAUAACGAAUGAAAAUAAAAAUAAUGACAAAAGAGAUAAAAGUGGUGUUUCAUACACAGUUCUCAUUUUUGACUGAAUAAUUGUUUUCUCUUUAAACAGCAAGCGGCAGGCAUCAUUCAACGCGUUUGGAAGACGUUCCUUCGCCGAACGGAGAUGAAACGAAAGCAGGUAUUGAAAGUGAUCUUUUAAUUUAUUUAUUCACUUUUGCAUUUUUUCCUCAUUUUUUUGGGAAAUAUAAAUUAUAAGUAAUGCAUCCCUAGAGUUUACUAAAUCUUCUCCCUCUGACCGGCAGCAAGCGGCAGGCAUCAUUCAACGCGUUUGGAAGACGUUCCUUCGCCGAAAGGAGACCAAACGAAAUGAGAAAUUGAAAGUAAUCUUUUCAUUUAUUCAUUUUUUUUAUUUUUCAUUUGUUCCUCACUUUUUAGAAAUAACAAUUAAGUAAUGCACCCCUAAAGUUAAGUAAUUUUUUUACCUCCCGUUGGAAUUUGUGUUUUAGGCUAUUUCAGCAUACAUCAUUCUUCUAGAAAUAAAAGCGGCUGAAUAAUGCAUCUCUAUUGCGUUUACUAACUUCUUUUUGCGUGAAAUGUGUGUGUUCCUUGCCUUCAUUUCACAAUUAAUAAGGUAAAUGUACGGCAAUGACAAACCGUCCACUAAAAAAGUCAUAUAUCCAAAAAAACCAUGAAACCUAAAAAAAAAAAAAGAAAAGAAAGAAAAUAUUUUUUUUCUAUCUAAACAGAGUGCGGCAAGUCUCAUUCAGCGUACGUGGAGAGAUUUUGCAUUGCGAAUGAGAGAGAUCCGACGAAUGGAGGUAAUACGUACAUCCUUAAACUGUGAAUGUCAUUAAAACUGUUUUCUUUGGACAGCAAGGUCGCCCAAUACUUAGAUGCCCUCUUUCUCAUAUCGACUUGGAGGAGUUAAGAAAGAACCUGGAAUCUGGGAAUUUUCCUUUGAGCUUUUUUUGGGAUGCUGGGAUUUGGAAUCCAAAAUACAGCUCAAGGAAUCCAGAAUCCAAGACGUGGAAUCUAGAAUCCAAAACUUCCUUUGAUUUCCGGCCUUUAUUUAAAUACCAAAUUCUAAAAGUCACUAACAUAAAACUCUCAGUAACAGUAAGGUAACAGCACGAACUUUGAAUUUCACAGACUGGAAGAAAGAGGAAAAUUUCGGGAGAUAAGAAGGCUGAACCUCCAGUUAAACGCCUGCACACAGAUAAUGUCUGGUGGGCAAACGGAAUUGAUGACUUUUUGAAUAUCAAGUUUCUAGGUCAAGGCGGGUUUGGUAAGGUAAGACAAUUGCAAUAUUGUAACCUUAUUUGACAACUAAGAAAACGAAAAAAAGUAAAUAGAUACAUUUUUAAUAUUAGACAUUGCUAAGAGAAGUAGCAAUGCUUACCCAGUUAUUACAUACUACGUUCACGGCCGUGUCGGAUAUCUUGUAAGUGUAACUGAGAACUAGCAAAUAGUUGUCUUACGUUAACGUCUUUACCAAAACUUGAAAUCGUUUAUCAGGUUUGAGUCGUAGUCGUGCAACGACGUUCAAGAAACGGGUAAAGUUUUGUUUUGUCAAGUGAAUUUAAACCAAGAAGGACUUGAUAUCUGAACUUGAUUACAAUGUGCGAACGUCUCAGGAAUUAGACCUCAGUUUAAUUACAACCUCUAAAAAUAACUUUCAUGAAAUUCAAAUAUCCUGGCCAACGCCCUAAGAUUCCCUCUCUAUCUCAUUAUACGAUCAAUUUAGGUUUCUGAAAAACUGCCACCUACGCCUCCCCUAAAUCAACAUUUUGCCCUAAAAGAGAAGUAAAUGUUAAUUUCGGCUUAGGGGAGGGGUACGUCAUUGGUAGUUUUCCAGAGACCUAAAUUGAUCCAUACUCUCUUGUCUAAUCUUAUUGCUUUUUUAAUUUGCGCUUUCUUGUUCAUUGUGCCGUCAUCGUUGUUGCGACCUUACGAAACUACGACAGCGACGGCAACGGGAACGCCACGUGCAUCACGCUUUUUUGUACAUUUUUUUUUUGCAGUCCUUGCAUAAUUACGACGUGAAAUGAUCAAAUUUUAAUUUUACUUGAUAACGGCGACGGCAAGGCGAUAAAUUCUACCGUCUCUGUCAGAACUCGGGCGCAGUCCCUUCUCUUCAGCUCCAACCCAGAUUCCCUUCUUUUAAGUAACUGGGCCCCUUGGAAUAAUCGCAAAAAAAGUGAAAGCAUUUGAAGUCUAUUUUACAGCGACGUUUUCAUGGACGCCGCCGUUGUCGGAUCGUAAGGUCCCUAAUAUCCAUGCGCACGACCCAGAUCUGACAUAAAAAAAAAUCGAGAGAAUUUCACCGGUUAUAUGCUAAAUCAAAACAAAAGCCUCUUAAAAUGGAAGAUGGCCUGCUUAGGCCAGCCAGCAAAAUUCAUCUACUCUGGGUUAUUUUUACGAGACAGUAAUAACAGAGUCAAUGUUUUCACAUUAGGUUGUUUACCGAUUGCUACUCUCAAAACAUUUCAAACGGGAAUCUCUACGUACCCUUGUAGAAACAAAAGCUAUCUUAGGAUCACUCACUUUUAAAAGAUAUGUAUCAUUGCUUAGGUUUUCCAGGUUGCCAACCGUAACUCUUCUGAAGAUUACGCCAUGAAACUAGUGAAAAGAAAGGAGGGUAAAAAAGAAGUAGCAAUGCUUGCCCAAUGUCGAGGAACAGGAUUCGUGACAAACAUCUGUGGUUUGAUUUGCGUAAAGGUAUGGAUAAACUGUUAUGAUACGAUUAAAGGAUGACACCUUGCUCCUGUUCGAAGUCUGACUAAGCACUAAUCCUGGGAUAAAUUCUUCAUUUUGGUUGUAAUUUCCUUACAAAAACAACUACAAAAGUUAUAUUCCAGUCCCCAUGUUUUUUUACUAUUUCACUACCCCCUCACAUCCCUCUUAUUCACAAACUUACCGAACGGUAAUGAUUCGAUUUAGCGCCCGGGGGGCUUAUUUACCUUUGGUACCUCAAGGUAUCGUUUAUUUUGAGACAGGGCGCUUAAUCAGCACAGGACGCUUAUUUCUUCGUUGAGAAACAACCGACUUGUCUCAAAAGAAAACUUUAAUAUUACUUUUAUUAAAAGAGGCAAUAACAGAAACUGUAACAGUAACAAAAAUAUAUUGUGAAUGUUCAGUUAAAGUGAAAAACUCAAACGAGGACCACUGUUCUUGUAAGGUGGCAUUACCGUUCGUUUUCUGAGUAAUUAAAGGAAUAUGAACCUCAGUUGAUACGUUCCCUAAUAUUACGAUGGGGGCGCUUAGCAGAAUAGGGGCACUUAAUAACAAAAACACAUUCGAAGAGGAACGCUUUUUCGAGAGGAGACUCUAAAUCUAAUCAUCACGGUAGGCGACGUAGCGUGAAUUCUACUUGGACAGCACCAUGACUCACCAUGCUUAUAAUGUAACGCUUGUCAUUCUGGCUUAAUCAUCUUGGCCUGCUGUGUGCUUACAAAAAUGGCGCAACAGACCAAUUUCGAUAUAAUAUAUAGGUUUAGUCAAGCUAAAAAGCGAAGCUCUCGUUGGAUCUAUCGGCAGUAAUUAAACGUUAAUUUCUUUUUACGCAAGAAGGAAACUAAAUUCCUCCUGAGAACCAACAACUGGUCAGCGAAGAACUAAUAAAAAACAUGCCAAACCAAAAAUAUAUUUUAUACCUGAGCCUUCGAUAUGGUCAAAUGACACUGGUCAGCAAGUACUCAAAAAUUUAAACACAAUUAUCCAAAACUCAAGAUAUGGCAGUGAUAUAAAUGAUUUUUUUUUAAUGACAAUGAAAACUACGCGUGGAAAAGUAGUUUACAUGUUACGUUUGUGUAAGGAACAUCGUACUACUGUUUUUCUUCCUUUUUUCGACAGGGAUUCCUUGGUAUUAUAAUGGAAUUUUGCAGCAACGGAAAUCUUGAGACGCAGCUCUCGGCUGUAAGGAAAUUUUCGGAGAACGUUUGCAGGUAAUGAAAUAGUUUCACUUGCAAUACUCUGGAUGGGAGGAGGGGGGUACCUCCCUGGCUGUUGUUGCUUGUAUAAUUUGUUUUUGUUUUUUGAUAUUAUAAUUAUCAAUAUUAUGAUUCUCAUUAUAAUUGUGUCAAUAACAAAGUGCUUGAUUUUAGAUUUUUUGCAGCCGAAAUAAUCUGCGGGUUAGAAUACAUACACACCAAAGGAAUUAUUCACAGGUAAGUAAGGCAGGGUGUUGUAUUUAAUCAAACAUAAAUACUGAGACGACACUCUAAGGAUGCACUUAAUCAUUCAAAAAUAUCAAUUAAUUAAUGAUUAAUAAUGGUAAUUGAACUGAGUGGAGUGCAGUUUGGUCUGAAAUCAUACGAGUGAUUUCAAAAUCGAACGAGCGCGCAGCGCGAGUUCGAUUUGAAAUCACAAGUAUGAUUUGAGACCAAAAUUGCACGACACGAAGUUCAAUUACCAAUUUAUUACAUCCAUUUUGAAAUCGCAGAAUUUAGACAGUACUAAUAUUUUAUUGAUCAAGUAGCCGGUUUGUUAAAAAGCCGAAAAUAAAAAGGCUUUUACAUCUCAUUUUGUAUUCGAAACAGAAAUGAUGCGAUAUAUAGAACAAAAAUGGUGCGAUUUAAAACAGAAAUGAUGCGAUUUAGAACAUGAAUGACGCGAUUUGGAACAGAUGCGAUUUAGAGCAAAAAAUCGUGCGAUUUAGGAAUAAAUCACACUGCUGAGAGCCAAUCAGAUUGCACGGAUAGCCAGUGAUUUCAAAGUGGAUGUAAUAAAUUUGGAAACAAACAGUAUCACGUGAAUUAAAGUUCUAUAUGUGUAAGGGAUGCAUUUUCAAAGCAGAUCAACGCUGUUUAUUAAAUGACUUCUUACUUCAUUUACCGAACACCUCCCUCUUUUCCUCCGCCCCUCGCCCUCACACCCCCACUCUCUCCUCCUUAAUAUAACGGUUUGGAAUUUUCCAUAUCGUGGAAAGUUUUUUUUAAUUAUUUGUCAUUUCGGACACACAAACAAUUACAAUACAUUAUAUUUACAUUUCAUUACAAUAAUUUCUAAUUAUUGGUUACUAAAUGGAAAACUGGGCUUUGCACUGACGGCCGGGAAAGCCUAUUUUACAAAACCACGAUCCAAUAAUACUUUUAAAAUCUACCGGUUUGGCAUUUUCUACAACGUGAAAAGUUUUUUUUUUCGGACUUUUUGCAGAAUUCAAUCUAUAGUUUGUGAAACAACAACAAAACUAGAAUAUUUUUUAUUGUUCUUUGUCUAAUUGACUAGGGAUUUAAAGCUGGAAAAUCUACUAUUGGAGGAAGAUGGCCACCUAAAAAUAGGGGACUUUGGGCUCGCGAAAGCAGUAAAAGAACAGACAACCACAGGCAUCUGUGGAACGCCACGUUACAUGGCACCCGAGGUAGGCCCAAUUUUUUAUAAUUGCGAUUACAGAUCUAGCAAUCAAAUACAAGAUAUAUGCCGUUUAAUAUCACUUCAAACAAAAACUGUGCAUCAGCGCUUAGAUAAAAAUCAAACACAAGACUCUAUGGAGCGUAAACUUUGGCGUCGUGGUUGUGGAAGGGAUUUAUUGUAAACGCGGAGGAAUAGUAAGAAAUGCAAUAUGGUAAGGUGUUAAUUUGUGAAAUUAUGGGAUUUGUCAGGAUAUUCUGAAAAGAGCAACAUCCAAGAGGCCUAGUUGCCAAGAGCUAGCAUUUCGGGGCAACUUAUCUCUGAGAUAUUAGCCCGGUUAUGCUCUGGUGACUCCAUACAAAUUCUUCUAAAUUUAACUUGGGUCUAAACGUUUAGACCUAAGUAAAUAUGAGGUUACUGGCAGUGAAUAAGAAGUCUAACAAAACAAACAGUGAAAACAAAAUUCUCUAUUUUUCUUACAUAACGCUUCAAAAACAGCAUAGCAGUCUUAUGUACUGAUUAAAGAUAUGUAAAGCAUGGGCAAGGAGUCAAAUACGUUGAGCAUAUGAAAUUGGCUAAAAUUCAAUGAUACAAGGUCGAAUGUUUUGAGGAUAACUAUUCACUGACUAUUAGCACGCAGGGAUGUCGGAUUAACACAAGGAAGUUUAAUACCAAAAGAACAUUAUAUAGUCUUUACAGAGCUUUAAAACACAGCAUCUGCCAACACAAACUUGACUUGAACUUAAGUAAAACUAAACAGCCUCUGGUACUAAUAAACUCUCACUUGAACUUCAGAUAUCUUACGGCUUCCGCCAACUUGUAAACACAGAACUUGAAAAUCGACCCUCGUCACACUUGACUAAACACAGCACUCCAGCUCGUGGGAAAAACACUUAGUUCGUCAAAAAAACCCGCUUGGAACUUGUAUACCGUUUGACAUAAGGUUCUAGAAAAUAUUAAACAGGCGAAUAGCAGUAGCUUUUCGACAUAUUUUAUGACUUCAGUAACUGAUGCAAAUCUGCUGACUCAUGCUGAAAUGUAAACAUGCCCUAAUUAAUUAUUCAUGACUAAUCCAAAAACGUAGAGAACGUUCGAGAAAGUCACGCAACGUAUGAAAGUAAUAUUACUACGUAACACUCAACAAAGACAAAACGUCUUCGUGCAGCAUUUUGUAACUUUAAAUUCAUCAUAAAACAGUUCGAAAGGAGCGCUCACUCGUGAAAUGUUUUUCAACACUCGAAGUGAAAUUUCGUGUCUCUGCGCGGUCAUGUAAUGUCCUCUAUUUAUUCCUCGAGUAAAUUAAAGACUAAACUCGAAGUGAUCUCAAGAUAUCUGGAAGUAGUCCGGUCUCAUUUCGUGAAAUAGCCGAAAUAAGCCGAAACGUCACAAAUUUGCUCACCCAAUCUUUUCCCGAGGACUAGUGCAUAAUUUCAUAGCUAUUUUUCAUAUCCCGAACUACCUUGGGUCUCAGUGUAGUGCAAUCGGCUAAUCCCUCAACUUAGAGUCUCCUUUGUUCUGACGGGUCACACAGGUGAGUCGGUUCAAACCUCGUGAAAGCCAAAAUAAUAAUUCUUUCUUCCUCGAAUGAGUUAAAGAAUAAAUCAAAGAAGUCGAAGUGAUCUCGAGAUGUCUCGAACCAAUUCGGCUCUCACUUCGUCAAAUAGCCGAAUAAAUUAACCAAAAACCUACAUCCUUUGCGUGCCCAAUCUUGUCCCAAAAGUAUCAACUUUGAACGUUCCUGAGCGUCGCGAAUCCUUUACAUCUCGCUCCGCCGAAGUAAUAAGGAGCAAUGUUUAAAUGCAAAUCAAACACGAGAACUAGUGUUUGAUAACAUAACAAACACACAAUAAAAAAUUGAAGUAAUAUAUCAAACAUGAGAUGCAGUGUUUCAUCACCAGAUGAAACACCAAGAAGAGAGUUGAAAAUACGACGCGCAGCGGAGUAUUUUUGACGAACUUCGAGGUGUUUCAUCUGGUGAUGAAACACUGUGUCGAAUGUUUGAUAUUUCUUCUCAUCAUUUUUGAAGGAGAAAUUAAGGAUGCAAAACUGAGCAGUUUUUCAUCUGAUAUCCAAACACUCAUUAAACAUUAAUUUCCUUUGAAUUUUCUUUAUGAAUUAUUAAUGAGUUUGAGAAGUGCAUAUCAAGCACGAGGAGUAAUGUUUAAUUACAUAUCAAACAAGAAGGAAAGAGUUGAGAACACAUCGAUUUGAAUCAUGACUGAAUGACACUAGACAUUUCUAAGACUGUGAUAAGUUUGUGUCGCGUUUUGAUUACUGGAUUUUUUAUGAAAAGAGAAAACAAAGUUUUUGAAUUUACAUUUUUUUUGACGAGCAGCUUACUAGUUAAGAUCAGUGGUCAUGACCAUUAAUUAAUAAAUAUUUAUUUGGGAUUCGAUGCUUACUAAUUUAAAACUAUAACUUUGUAAUUAGUGACCGGUCCGCACCAUGAAAGCUUUCAACAAGACAUUUCUUUUUGACACAAAUAUUGGCCCAGUUGACCAAUGGUCAGUCGCCACUAAUAUAAAUAAUUUCACUCAUCAUACAAUUUCAGUUUCCUUUAUAUUUAAAUGUUGAGUUAUAUUUCAGUUAACCUGCCUUAUUGCAUUACAUUACAGAUGCUUGACAGCAAACCAUACGACACUUCUGUUGACUGGUGGUCAAUGGGUGUAAUACUAUAUAGACUGCUGGUUGGCGAGGUUUGUAAGCCAAUUUGGCUUUUACAUAUCUUCGUUGCUGAAAAUCGAAGUGGGUGAAGACAUCUUUAAACAACUAAUUUAUAAACGAUUAUCCGUAAAUAUCACAUGCUAUUUCCACUGACUGAGAAAGGCGUUUACUUCUACUAAACCACCACUACAUGUAGUACUUGUACUAGUACUACUAGUACUACUAGUACUAGUACUACUACUACUAGUACUAGUACUAGUACUACUACUACGACUACUACUCCACCACUUCUAUUACUACUACUACUGCUGCUGCUGCUGCUACUACUACUACUGCUGCUACUGCUACUGCUACUGCUACUGCUACUGCUACUGCUACUGCUACUGCUACUACUACUACUACUACUACUACUGCUACUGCUACUGCUACUGCUACUACUACUACUACUACUACUGCUGCUACUGCUACUGCUACUGCUACUGCUGCUUAUAAUAAUAUUUGUAUACGUAGUACAAUUUACACUUUAUUUCGAUAAAAAACGCCUAAUUUCGAUUAAACAAUUCCGUUUCAAUUAAAAAGAGUUAUUUGAAUUAAAAACAUUUCAUUUCAUUUCAUUUGAAUUAAAAAAAAAAUCACUUCAAUUUUUGUUUUUAAAACCUAUUUUCUAAAGUAAACGUAAACGUAUUCUAACUAAAUAAAGGAAAAUAUAAUAACGUUCUCAAUUGUCUUUUGGAAUAUUCGAGAGUCAGUUUUGAAUAUCUAAAUCCAUAUCUGACUUUUCUAAAUAGACUCUACUAGUACUCCCGAUCCUUUUGAAAAAAGUAAAGCUGGUCUUAGCAGGGCAAAUGACACUUCGGCCCGGAUCCAUGACAUGGUAGUCAUAUAGCUUUCUCCCUUCUUUGCAGCAACUAGCUCGGCAAGCCUACUAUGGUAUCGUUUACAUUCCACUACCAUUCCACCUUCCGUGCUGAAAAACGUUAUGGCGUGAAUGUAGCUCGCUCUACUUCUAAUCGAUUCUAACACUCGGCUAGCCUACUGGCGCUUCUGCCCUUUUUUUGUGUUGCCUAAAUGUAAAUGUAAAUGUAAAUGUCGCGAUUGAGAGGACAAACAUACAUGUCCUCUUUACAUAGCUUUUUGCAGUGGGCUCGGACAUCAGCAUACUAAGGGCGCCGAUGGCAGCCGCUAUCAGUCCAUUUAUGAGCCAACUGAACCCUCCCGACCCAUGAUGAGUGAUGAUGUAAGUGAUGAAGAUAGAACACAACACCGGGAACUACGUCCCCUACUCUUUUCGAAUAGUGUGUGGGUUCUUUAACGUCCCACAGAGUUAUAUAUGAACAAGGUUUGUGAGACAGGACCUUCGGUUUAUCGUCCUUAUCCGAGAAGACUUGAAAAUCUAAUCAUUUGCAGAUGUCAUUACAAAGACAGCACUUUCUCCUCAGUUAUUUUUAAGACCCUGAGUGUUGGUCCGGCCAGGAUUGGAAGUCGCGACCUCCCGCUCAGCAGACCGGCGCUCUCCCAACUGAGCUAACCGGGCGGCAGUCUGGAUCAGCUAGCAGCUAUAUCCUUCAGCGCAUCCGGAGUGGUGUUGGCUCCCCUAUUCAACUCUUCUCCUGUGAUGUCUUGCAUAACUGGUUCGACUUCAACGUCUUUACUCACUAUGCUAAGCAGUUCCGCCUGCAGGUCCCUGAAUUUAGCAUGGCCAUGGCGUUAAAUGACAAAUCAGCCACAUUUGCAUAUCAUAGCGUGAUCCCCACUGAAAAUGUCCCCGCAAACAAAAAAAAAGAGGGAGUAUCAGGAACUUCCCACUCGUACCUUAGUUUCACAACUUCUUGAAACUCACUCUUGUUUACAUCAAAGUUAUGAUUUAAAGUCAUAAUAAAAAGUUAUAAGCAUAAGUUUAUAAUAAUAAUAAUAAUAAUAAUAAUAAUAAUAAUAAUAACAAUAACAAUUUUAAUAACAACAAUGCAACAAUGCAAUGUAACAAAUCACAAUGCUGAUGUCUUCGUUGUAAGUUACUUUUAAAAAUGGUCUUUCUAUAUAAGUAAGCUGUUUAUAGCACAAGCUGAUAAUACAGUAGAUUUAAAAAAAACUCUUUUUGUUUUGAUACAUUAGUAUCCGUUUGAUUGUGACGAUGAGGAUGACUUAGACUCGUCUGAAGAAGAAAAACAAAUUGUGGCUGAGAUAUUGCACAGCCCUGUUUAUUACCCCGACCAUCUCUCUACUCAGGCAGAGGACUGUAUAACUCAAGUUAGUAACAAAGUUAACUAGAAAUAAGUUAUCGCAAAAACCUUGCACUUAUUUCUUUGUAGCUACUGGUCCAAAUUGCUUCAAUGUUCUCUGUAAUACACUUUUAACAUCCAAAUCAAUCGCAAAAGCAUUUCUUGAUGGCCAAAACGGCCGGUAAGAUAGUCAAAACAACGCCGACCAAGUUUCUUGUUUGAUGACGUUAAUGCAUUGCGGGUAGCCAGAAACAUGGAAAUAUGGGCCACACUGGUUUGCAGGUCGCUAUGACCCACGUGCAAGCUGCACGAUGCACGCGCAACAAAAUUAUAACCCGUGCUCUCGCGCGGGUGCCUUUGGCGCUUUGCUUCGAGAGGAACAACCUUACUUCAAGUUGCUACCUGCGUAAAUUAAUGGAAUUCAUUUAACUGUAAUUGUAUCAAAUAUAUUUCAAAGAGUUCAAAGACAGCCAAAAUAGUUUACGGUAAGAGUUAACGAUUUCGACGCUUGAUAAUUUAAGCCUACCCUUUCCUUUGCUUAAGUAACAACACAGUCCUACCAGACUUUUAUUUAAGGAUCCUGACAUCUAUAUCAUAUCAAUAUAUUUUUUCGUGAUUUGUUACAGCUAUUGGAACGUACACCGCAAUAUAGACUGGGAUACAAGAAGGGAUAUUUCCCUUGCAUCAGGAACAACUCAUUUUUGGUUAAUACCCCAUGGGAAGAAGUGGAGCAAAGGAGGAUGAAGUCCCCUUAUAAGCCAGUGCCUGUAAGCAGUGUAAGCUAUGUUGGUAUCAUAUAAAAAAUACUAAGAUACAGCCAUUGCAGUACUGUAAAGACAAACAAUAUUUUCAUGAUGACUAUAAUCAUCGUCAUCAUUUUUAUUAUAACUUCAAUUUCGACCCAACUCCAACUAUUAUUUAAGCAUUAUUAACUAGUAAAAAUGUCAUCAUCAUUAUCAUCGUCGCCGUCAUCAUCAUGAUUAUCAAUUGUCAUAACUAUUAUCAUCGUCAUUAUCAUUAUUGUUAAUGUCAACGUAAUCAUCAGCAGACGAAGAAGUAGAAAAGUGGUGGUUGUGGCAGUGGUAACGGUGGUGGCAGUGGUAGUGUUAGUAGUAGUGGUAGUAGUAAUGGUAGUGGCAGUGGCAGUGGUAGUGGUAGUGGAAGUGGAAGUGGAAGUAGUAGUAGUAGUAGUUAUAGUGGUGUGGGUAGUGGUAGUGGUAGUGGUAGUGGUGGUGGUGGUGGUGUGGCUGUGGUAGUUGUAGUGGUCGUGGAAGUAACAGUAUAGUAAUAAAUUGCUUUAUUUGCAUGACCGCAUCAUUGUAUAGUAUUGCAAAAGCAUGCCUAUUACAAUCAAAGUAUAAAACAAACAACACAAUAAACUAAAAAAUUCAGCUACAUUACUAACAGUGAAUCACGUAUUUUCAUACAGGAGGAAAUAAACUUGAUAACUAACUUAUUUACAUGAUGUUCCUUCGAAUUCAUUAUCAGCAGUAGUAGUAGGUAGUAGUACUGUAGUGGUGUGGCAGUGGUAGUUGUAGUGGUCGUGGUAGUAGUAGUACUAGUAUUGGUAGUUGGUUGGUGGUAGUAGUGUUGUGGUAGCGUAUAUUUUCCGGAUUCUGAUUAUCAUAAGUCUCCCUUCCUCCAGCGGUCUUUUUAAUGAGGAUCAAUCACUGACGUUUUUCUCUUAUUUCAGGCCAGCUGCUCUACUUCGUCCCAGUCUACGACAUGUUCCACAGAAUCGUUACCAUCAAUCGACAGAGUAGACUGACUUCAAUAAAAUGUAUGGAGGGUUAAAAUUAGCGUAGAUGCUUUAAUCUGUUAUGAUCUUUUCAUUAAUUAAAUUGACUGGUUUGAAUUUGUUUUUUUUAACUCGCCAAAAGCAAAAAAUAAUUUCAUGAAGAUGAAGCAAACUUUUUUUGUCAUCAGCUAGCUUCCUGAGUCCUCGCUCAUAUAUUGCACGAUCUACCAACUGAUUCUUCCCUUCUCGACGAAGGCCACAAGCCUUCCUGAAAAUUUUUAUCGGGAAAGAGGAAUCCAGCUAACUUAAAAUGAGUAUUUUAUCGUACACGCUACAGCUACAGUAAAACCUGAAUAAAGCAGAUCUCUUUUUUUGUAAAGGCGAGGGUUUCAAGUAAAGGAGUUAAGUUUGUUCGUUUUCUCUGGAGUUUGUACUCCUUUUGCUUUUUAGCCUUUCUGCUCCUUUCACGUUAAAAGUCUUUAGAGAGAUUAAAGCCCCGUGCAAACGGACGCAACAUUGUUGGCCAACAACUCUCAACAUUGCUGGAUGUUACAUGUUGCGUCCGUUUGCACACCCUGUUGCAUGUUGUUGGAUGCUGUUGGGAGUUGUUGCGCCAAGCUUGAAACCGGUCAAACUUUUCAGCCAACAACUCCCAACAUUUCUUUUGUUCCGUGAUCGCCGAAGCGUAGCGCAACAAUGUUGGAUCCGUUUGGACAGCUCUUCCAACAUUGUUGGGGCCACGCACGCUCAUUACGUAUGGAUUACAAAGACUUAUGGGUUGUAUUCUUCCCACGAUGCACUGUAGGUCCCAACAUUGUUGGGAGUUGUUGCAUCCGUUUGCACACCACUGCCAACACGCACGCAACAACUACCAACAUUUUUGGCGCAACAAUGUUGGGAGUUGUUGCGCCCGUUUGCACGCAGCCUAAGAUUCGCGUUUACGCCAAACGGCAGCUGUGAAUUUGUACCACGUGACCCCUUAAUUCCGUGUCCCCACUCUUUAUUGCUUCUACCCAGAAAUAAGUAGUUUUACGCCAGUUUUAACCAUAGGAAUCGUUCGGGACUGUUUUUAUCCAUUUAUUUUCCAUUCUGAGAAAUUCUCAACUUGAAUCUGACGUUUGCCGUUUGCGGUAAACGUGAAUCUUAAUCUCUCUUUUGUCAUGUUUACGCCAAACGACAAACGUGAAUUUGUACCACGUGACCAAGUUUUCCCUUUAAAUUACGCUUACUGUUUGCUACUUCAACACAAAAAUAAAAAGUUUCGAGCUAGUGUUAUCCAACUUGAAUCUGACGUUUGCUGUUCGAUGUAAACGUGAGCCUUAAUCUCUCUAAUAGCUCGCAAGAAGGUUAAUUACCACACAUAAACAAACAUAUUACAUUUAUGCAACAAUAGCUUUUUUGUUUAAACAUUCUGAUUUUGAUUCUGAAGUCUCUGUUUCUUUUUUUCUUUUCAGGUCCUGGAUAACAAUACUUAUGUUGCGAGUAGACUUUAUGCGACAGGAAAGAGAGGAAUUGCUUACUGUUUGCCUUAUCAUUGCUGA